CAUUGCUUGCAGCGACAAAUAUUGCGCUUCUCAAAACAAUCAUCCACUUGAAGCGUAGCAAUGGGCCCCAGAGAAUGGUUCGAAAAGGGGAGGGCAAAGUUUCGCAGUAGAACUAGCAAUCGCACCGACAGAGCUAUUUCUAAUGAAAACCCAUUACACCAACAGCAGGCAGCUAGCCGGGAACCCAAUGAGUGGCCAGAUGGAUUAGAUGAGUGGACCAUAUCUCAUGAAAAGCUGAAAAGCCAACAAAUUGAAGAUACGAAAAUUCAAGAGCUCUGGGAUGUGGCAUACGAGAAGCUUCGAGAGGAGGAUGGCACACUCAUCGCAGAUUAUGAAGCCAAGCUUAUAGGCAGCGUUACCGCUGGUGUGGGCCAAACUCUUAAUUUGAAACAUAAUAGGAGAGAUUGGAUGCAAGCAAUCUUACAAAACAAGAUGGAGGAAGUCAAUAAAAAUAAGUCGAAGCUCGAAUUGGGCAACUAUAAAGGUCAAUCAAAAAACGUUAUACGGCUUGUAUUGAAGGUUGCGAAUUCCGCCAACGACUUCAUCGGCAGUGCCGCAAGCACCAACCCAUAUACCUCAAUUGCCUGGACUGGGGUCAGCUUUCUUCUCCCACUUUUGAUGAAUAUACCAGAGGAAAAGGCUUCCUUAGCGAAAUCAUUAGAAUAUAUCGCUUCUCUUGUUGCGCAAAGCCAGAUAAGAGAAGAACUUUAUUUUGAAUGCUAUGAGUCUGCAUCGGGCAAUCAUAAAAAAUUCCAGCGGUCGCAUAUUCAAUACAAAACUGCCCUAGAGAGACUCUAUAGACAUAUUCUGAGAUUCCAAGCUGUGGCCUGUUGUUACUACUUGAAAAAUUCUGCUAUCCGUUAUGGCCUUGAUGCUAUUAAGUGGAAUGACUGGGUUCCACUGACAGAUGAGGUUCGUGAACAAGAGCGCAAUUUUGCCGCCAUCGAAGAGACAUGGCGCGGCAUACAGCGCUUUGAGGAACACUCAGCUGUCAUGGACUCUUUUUCAGCCAUGAAUGCAAACCUUUCUGCAUUAACAAAUAACGAGUUGUCCGAUCUGUUGCACUGGCUAUGCGACAUUGACCCCUCUUCGAUGUACAACGCCGCGCUUGACAGACAUGAGGCCGGCACAUGCGAAUGGCUGAUAAAGAAUAGCGAGGAGUUCAAGAACUGGGAGACGAGCGAAGGAUCGUUGUUAUGGUUGCAUGGUAAGGGUAU